AUGAGCUCAUCUCCCAGCCCCACCUACCAGCACGAGCAACAGCAGCUCUACCAACAGCAGCAACAACAACAACAAACGCAGCCGCAACAACAAACGCAGCAGCCGGUCUACCAGCAACAUCCGGUCUAUCAGCAGCAAUUCUACCAGCCGCAUCACCCCUACCAGUACCAGCAGCCGGAGGGCUACCAGUCGCCGCAUCAGCCCCCUUACCCAGAGUCCUACCAGCCGUCUCCCCAGCUUGGUUACGGACCCGCCCCGUAUCACCCGCCUCGCAAUGCCUCGCUCAUCGCCGAGACCAAGGCCAUGAAGGCACCGGGCGGAGUGGCCAUGUACCGAGCAAGCACGCUCCAGAGCCCCAAGCCAUCCACCUACGAGAAGAAGGAGGUUGCGCUGCCGACGCACAAGUACUUUCCCAGAGCCCCCAACCCCAUCAAAAUGCACAGAGCCCUGUCGGUCCCGUACCACGAUCGGCCUGGUCCUCCGCAGAUGCCCCUUCCUCAAGCGCCAUUUGAAGCACCCCCGGCGUACUCGUGUCUCUCGCCCGUCUCCCCGGCCUACUCCAACAGCUACUCCAACAGCUACGACGGACGACCGAGCUGGGAGCAGAACGACGAGCAGCGAUUUGCUUGGAGCCCCGCGCCCACCGUCGAGUCGGACACCCAGAGCAACUACAACUACCAGUAUGCCCACAGCGAUGACUGCUCCAUGUACCCUCCCAGCGCCGAAUCCCAGGAGAGCAUCGGCACCAUCCUCGAGUCGUUCAGUCCCUGCGGCCCCAAUGGAUGCGAGCGCCCGCAGCUGAUCCAAAAGAUGUACUUCCCCAAGCCCGUGGAGGUCCCCGAAUAUGUCAAGGAAAGCACGACCAAGCAGGAGCGACCCUUGCUGAGCGAGCUUCUCAGCCGCAGCUGCGAACGCCCGGAACAGGUCGAACAGGAAUACUGGCACUUUUCCGCCAUAUCCAAGUGGUUCAACGGCUCGCCUGAGAAGGGUCUUCCGCUCUUUGCGCUGUGGCCGCCCUGUGUCCGUGUGUACCAGUAUAUGGCCCCAAGAAUGCUUGGCAUCCCAAACGUCGACCUCAGGGUGUCCAAAGUAACUCCACGUCUGAGAAGGGCAGUCCUCCUGAUCAGCAGUCUCCAGUACCGAUGCUUCUACUGCGCUGCCCACUCGGCCGCCUCCGGAAGCGCCCUUCACGGCUCGUGGAGAGCGCAGGUCAAGCGGUCCAAGGAUCCGAACGACCUGGACCCCAUCGUCGAUCCGUUCGAUAGCCGCCUUGGCCAGGGCGAAAGCGAUGCGCUCUUCCUGGUUACCGCUGCCAGUGUGAUUCCGUCCAAGGUCAACCCGAGCCUGAAGCAGCAAGUCCGUGCCCACUAUAAGGAAGACGAAUAUCAGCAGAUCGCCUGCAUGUCUGCAUACAUUGGCUGGACGAACGCCAUCACGGACUCGCUCGGCAUGGAGCUGGAAGCCGGUGCCAUCCUGUGGGCCGAGGAGCAACUUCGCGACGCCGGAUGGGAGAGCAAUCGCCAUGCCCCCGAGACAUACGAUCCCCAUGCCCCAAAUGUCCAUCUCAAGCUGCAGGCCCAAGCCGAAGAGUCUGUCCCCAACAAGGGUCUUGGUCGGAUCGGCGAUUUGAUGCGACUCAUGAAGGUCAUGCAAGGCAGCAACUCUGCCGAGUCCCGCUGGACGCGUGGCUUCCCGUCGAACCACAGCCAGCUCGACAAGUGGCUCAAGUACACGCACGGAUUCGUUCCCGAAUACAUCCGAUGCAUGGUGAACAAGGAAGCCAAGCGAGCCGUCUGCUUUGCCCUGUGGCAGUUCCUGCUUCGUCCCAAGGGCUUUGCCGAUCCUUGCUUGAACGGCGACACCCCCGCCGAGUGGUCGCAUGGCGGCAAGGUGCUGCUGUGGUAUGUCUACACAGCCAACACCGGCAACCAGCUCCUCCAGGGCCACGCCGCCUUCCUGGCGCAUCAGAUGAAGGUGCCCCAGCACAUUCUUUCCGUUGCUGCUGCAGGAGGAUGUGUCGGCGACCGGCGCCUGGACUGUGCCCUCGACUUUAUCCGCCGAUCGGCCACGCUCAAGCGAGAGUACACCGCCAAGUCCAACCAAGAGCUCUACGCAGCCAUGAACUCGCCCGUGGGAGUCAUGGAGCUGGUCAGCUCCCUGGGUCUGUUCAACAUGCUCCACCGCCUGUCCGCCAUGCUUGCACCCGAGCCUCCUCGCUUUGAGCACGAGGUCAAGGCCUUCCUGUCGACCCUCGGCGCCGGACUGGGGCUGGAUCCCAACAAGGCUGGCCCUCAACGGGAUACCGAUGCCUCACCUCUGGAGUUUUUGUUGUAA